AUGGUGAUACAUGAGAUACCGAAAUCAGCAAGUGUCGUCUCAGCGUCUCAGGUUGCCGCGCGCGCGCCAGAAGGAUGCUUGCCCGGCGAACACGGCAUGAAAAAGGACAUGGACGCGGGAGAUGGGGUAAACAUCUCCCCGCGUCGUCCCGUCGGUCGUUCCCCAGGUCAGGAGCUCCUCUGCUGGCGUGCCUUGAUUGAGGCUGUUGAAACAAAGUUUGCCUGCGUCUGGCUUGGCGCUUCUCUCACUGCAUGCGUCAGGCCUCAGGCCUCCUGCAGUCCUGCCGACAAAGAUAGCGACGAUGCUCUUCUCAGGGCUACAUCCAAGGGCUCGACGGGUCAAGUGGCCACACCAGGGACCGACAGGGACCGCGACAGGGACGUCGCCACUGACCAGGGCUCGACAACAACAAGCUCAUGUCGGCUGGCGGCGCUGGCGUUGCAGGCGGUCGAAGAGGCGUCGCCGCGCGCUCCUCAGACCCUCCAGGCUUCGGCGCCAGCUAGUUACCAGCCCCAGCAAAGUUCUCUCGUACUUCUCGUCAUCUUCACAACCGUUCUCUCACCUAGCCUCCUCCCAACUUUACAGCAGCGCUGCAACAACAAACACCUCGUCUCAGUGUCUGAUUCGACCCAAUCUUCCAACGCAUUCAUUACUUCCCUCCCUUCCGCCCCGCUUCUCGUCUUCGACUCCUUGAUCUCCUUGCGUCUCCUGCGACUCGCAGUCCUAGAUCAUUUCAGUCUUACAUAUUCUUACCACAUCAUCCUCUCCCCACCUUCCACUCCACUGCCUUGGUUCCUCCCGGUUCCUCUCGACCUUCCCGAACCACCAGAGGCGAUGCCAACCAUGGCCGCUACCCCGUCAACUUCCACUGCUCCCCGCCUCGCGCGCGGUCUUCAUCACUCAAACCCCUCCCUUCCCCAUCUUAACGCUUCUUCAUCACUCAGUCCGACAUCUUCAUCUACACACACUGUCAUCGAGGACCGCCUUGCCCCUCUACCCCCUUCCGCCAACUUCAGCAAGUCUUCUCGACGAGUGAGCUCGAACAACUACAGUCCUCUCGCGCCUCCUCGCCAACGCAAGGCCUUCUCGAUUCAAGCUCUGCCUCCCAACGCGUUCGGCUUCAAGCACCCAUCUGGUACUGCAAGCUCGAUCAACCUCGGGCAGUUCAACAAUAGCGCCGUUGACCUAUCGUCCUCGGCACCCUCGGAGCCUCUGCUGGCUGGACCGUCAAACCUCAAGCGUACGCCCGCACGCAUGGCCCCUCCUCCCAGCUCCUACUCGCCGCCCACGCACAGCUACUCUUCAAGAAUGAUGCGCCAAAAGCUGCCCAGCAUGAGCUCUUCCUCUUCAUCGUCCGCCUCAGCAUCGGAUGACGAGGUCCCUCAGACGCCCAAUGUCAACUUCCUCCCACCAGGAGCGGCCAUGCCGUCUGCGCCACAGUGGCCGAAGCCCAUGCCUACUGGCAAGUCGGGUGGUCUUGGAAUUACUGUUCCCGUCGCGGGAGUCGACCUCGCCAGUGGGCGGAGCUCGCCAGCGUUCGACGAGUUCGAGGACGCCCGUGAAUUCCCCGACCCUGAAAUGGCCUCUACUUAUGGCUCUGCUUAUGCGACACCCAGGACAUUCACCCCCCAACCGUCAUCCCAGACCCAGGUGAAUGAAUUGCAUCAGCAGCCCGCUAUUUCGACCGCUCCCAUCGCUCCCACGCCCAAUGGACAGCAGAUGGUGCCGUCACUAUCGUCGUCGUCCUCGACGGAUGACGCCGGAUCUCUCGCCGGCGAGUCGAUGCGCACGGUUUCCUCGAACGGGUCGAUCCCGACAACACCGACGCGACUCGAGUUCAUCAACUCUAACUUUGAGAGCCUCUCGAACCCGACGACGCUGGAUGAGCUUCGCAACCUCCGCCAGGUUGCGAAGGAGCUCGAGGUCGAGGCUCAGCGGCUACGAAGGCAGCGCGGCGGAAAGCCUCCCUCCCCGAAGAUUCUUCCGCGCAAGGCCGUCCCCGUCGUCAGCGUGACAGAGUACAACGAGCUGCAACAGCAGCAGGUGACCAAGCCGCCCGUCCCCGCCGCGCGCAAGGCGGCCCGCAUGUCGCUCAUGAACCCCGUCACCGUGCCAACGUUCUCGCUUCAGGUCGACCCGCUGGUUUCGGACGAGGAGGACAGCUCGCCGCUCUUCGCCCCCCCGGCAUCGCGCAAGGCGUUCUACGGCCUCGAGCGCAGCGCCAUGAGCGUGCUCGAGUUCUCGUCGCGCAAGUCGACCCCUUCGCCCGAAGAGAACGUCCCGACUUUCAAGCCGAUGCAGACGAUGCAGGCGGCCGCGCCGCUGCACGUCGAAGAGCGUCCUGCACUUGGGCUUGGCCUUCCCCCGUCGCCUCCCGAGAAGUCUGAGGCAGAGCAGGCCAAGGCCAAGGCGCUCGCCAGCGUCCCGCCCUCAGCGACGGCGAACACGACGUCGGGAUUCCGCAAGUUCUCUAGGUUCCUCAACAAGAAGAAGUCCAUGUCUAUCUCUGCCGCCGCCGCCGAGGUUGAGGCGAGCGCGUAA